CGUGGCUCGUUGGUUGCCUGAUUCCUGAAAAUCUACGAGCAGUUUGGAGACUUCCCUCCCAAAUCCUUCCCAUUCCCAUAUAUAAACCCCACCCUGAAAUCCCAAUCCCAUCACAAGCGUCACCCUCCCAAGCGGUUCCUCUUCUUCCUAAUCACCCUCUCGUAGCGGACCGGAGCGGCGAUGUCUGGGCGCGGCAAGGGCGCCAAGGGGCUGGGCAAGGGCGGCUUCAAGCGCCACCGGAAGAUCCUCCGCGAGAACAUCUAUGGCAUCACCAAGCCGGCGAUCCGGAGGCUGGCCAGGAGGGGCGGCGUGAAGCGCAUCUCCGGCAUCGUCUACGAGGAGACCCGCGUUGUCCUCAAGCUCUUCCUCGAGCACGUCAUCCGCGACGUCGUCGUCUACACCCAGCACGCCCGCCGCAAGACCGUCAUCGCCACGGACGUCGUCUACGCGCUCAAGCGCCAGGGCCGUACCCUCUACGGCUUCGAUCGCUAGAUUCCUGCUCUGCUGUGCUGGUGGCUGUCGUGUUUCUCUUGUGUGAUGGUAUGUGCCGUGGCAGAUGUGAUUUACUUCUCUGUCGUGCUUUGUGUUCACUGUUCAGUGGGCUGUAUGUAGUAACAUUAUGCGUUCAAUAAAACUACCCUGAUCCUGAAUCCGGACGAAACGCUUCAGUGCUGAAUC